AUGGCGAACAACAAUGGUUCCAAUGUGGUGGCCAACACUCUGACAGAAGGACAAUCCAGCAACAGACCUCCGUUUUUUAAUGGAAAGAAUUACAACUAUUUGAAGGAGAAAAUGAAGAUCUUUGUUCAAUCAGUUAAUUACAACAUCUGGAAAAUCAUCCUGAAUGGUCCCCAUGUCCCAACCAAAACAGGAGCAGAUGGUGUAGUCACUCCUAAGAUUGAGGCCGAAUGGAAUGAUGAAGAUGAAAAGAAAAUAGAGCUCAACGCCAAAGUUAUCAACUUGCUUAACUGUACUAUCAGCUUCGAGGAAUACCGAAGGAUAUCAAGAUGCAAAAUAGUAAAGAAAAUUUGGGACAAGCUUCAAGUCACCCAUGAAGGUACUACCCAAGUCAAGCGGACCAGAAUAGACAUGCUGAGCAAAGAGUAUGAAAUAUUCUCUAUGAAAGAAGGAGAAACGACUGAUGAAAUAUUUGAAAGAUUCAACAUCAUCAUCAAUGGCUUGGAUGCUAUGGGGAUUACUCACCCUGAACCUGUGCUAUUUUCUAAGAAAUUCAGAAAAAAGAUUAAGUUGAAAGAACGAAGCAAAGGAGGCAGUUCAAGAAAACCUAAAAGGGACUUAAGCAAGAUCAUCUACCACAACUACAAAGAGGUUAGACACUACAAGUUUGACUGUCCAAAGUUGAAGAAAGAAGAAAAGACCAAGAAAGAAAAGAAGAAGGGGAUGAUAGCCUCUUGGGAAGAUCUAGAAAAUGAUUUAGAAGAGGAAGAAUCAGAGAGCAAAUUCCAAACCUGUCUCAUGGCCGGUCAAACUGAUGAGGUUUGCCUAGCAUCCAAAAGAAAGAACAAUAUGUGGUACUUGGACAGCGGAUGCUCUAGGCAUAUGACCGGAAAGUCUACAUUCUUUAUCAAGCUAGACGAGUAUGAUGGAGGGUUUGUAACUUUCGGCGAUAAUGGCAAAGGAAGAUAG